CAUAUCGGCACCAACUAACUAGCCAAAUCUCUUAAAUGGAAUCCAAAUUUGCCUAUCUAUACCAAAAAGAGAAAAGAAAAGGUGGGAAUAUUUGCGUCCAUAGCAAGCUAUGUUUGAUCAAAUAACUGUAGAUAAUGCGCAUAUAUUUCUAACGUCAAACUAUAUUAUAGCGAAUGCAUGUUCAUCUAACAAAAGCAUCAUAUAUAUGUAUCUAUAAAUUAUAAUUAUUCACUAACUUAGUGCAAUCAUAGUUCAUUACUUUAGUUGUAGUAUUAUUGCUAAGGAGGAAGGGAAAUUAUAUGGCUCAACUGCGAAAGUUGGAGGGGGAAGUGGAGAUCAAUUGUUCAGCUGAUAAGCUAUAUGAGAUGAACAUGGCCACCCAACGCAAUAUUCCCAACAUCGGUAAUACAAUGUGUAGGGUUGAAGAAGCACAUCAAGGUGAUUUGGGAAGUGUGGGUAGCAUCAGAAGAUGGAACUAUAUCAUAGAAGGGGAGUCACAAUACCUUAUUGAGAAAAUUGUGGCAAUUGAUGAGAAGAAUAAGACUAUUCAUCGCAGUGCGAUAGAUGGAAAUAUAAUGAAGAAUCAUUACAGGAAAUUCGCAAGCACAUUAUGUGUAGUUCCAAAGGGAAAUACAUGUUGCAUUGUUAAAAUUACUCUUGAAUAUGAGAAGAUGAAUGAAGAUGCACCUGAACCUCAUCAGUUGCUGCAGUUUGGACUUGAUAUCUUCAAAAAACUUGCCAGGCACCUUAAUAGUUAAUGCCAAUUAGUUAGUGUUUGAAAACCAAAAACAUUAUUAGGGUGAGAUUAAAAAAAAUAUUGUGCUGGAUUAAAAAAGUUAUUUUCUUGUUAGAUUGUCUGAUAAAAUGAUGUUCUUAAUUAGAGCAAUUAUUAUGUAUCUUAAAUUUUUGUGUGUAAUCUUCAUUCUUCAAGCUCUGUUGUACAACUUUCUUCAUAUGGUACCUUUAUACUUCCUCACUCUCCUUAUAUAGUGCUUCGUUUUCA